GGAUAACUACUUCUGAAAUUACAACUAUUGAACUGGUGCAAAAUAUUGAUUUUAUUAUAAUUGAUAUGAAAAAAAAUACAGGAUACUUUCGUGUGAAUUAUGAUGUAAAAAGUUGGAAUCGAAUCGCAACUUUCUUGCAGUCUGAUGAUUAUAAUAAAAUAAAUGUCCUCAAUCGCGCGCAAUUGAUCGACGAUGCGUAUUAUUUUAUGACACAAGGCGAAGUAUCACCGUCCACAUUUUGGGCAAUUGCAAGCUACCUAGAGCGCGAUAUAAGUUAUAUAGCCUGGUAUCCGAUGUUUAAUAUUUUAUCGUUCAUGUGGCCUAUUUGGAAUAUGCCCGAUCCGGAAGUGGAACAUAUCAAGGAAAGAGUACGUCAAAUAUUAGACGGCUUGCUCCAAAAUUUGGGAUAUAAAGAAAGAAAUGAUGAGAGCAAUAUGUAUAAAACACUGAGAUUAUUAGGAACAAGAUGGGCUUGCAAGUUAGGGGAUAGAAAGUGCCAAAUAGCUGCUACGACACAAUUGUCUGAGCAUCUUUUCGAUCCUGACAAUAACAAAAUUUGGCCAUGGUGGAAGGAUUGGGUAUAUUGUGCCGGCAUGAGUUUGGCCAACGAAACUAUAUCGCAAAUUCUGUUUGAAAAAUACAAAAAUAUUACAGAUAUAGAUAUUUUGAAAUACUUGUUUUGCUCGGAUGAUGCACAAAUUAUCGUGAAGAAUACGGAUGUAAUGUUCUCUUACGUUCGUUUAAAUAUGCUAUCGUAUAUCGAGCUGAUUAAACUUUAUCGUGUUGUUCUAAAGAAGCAUAUAAGGAAGGAUGUCGUUCUGAAAUACAUCGUAGAAAAUAACAACAUAGAAAUUUGGAGUUUAAGCAUUACCUUAAGUACAAAACUGUUUGGUGAUAUGAUGAUGAAUGUAUAUUUAAACGAACAUUUCUAUAAGAUUAUAGAAUUUGCAGUAGAUAAUGCCAACUUAUUCAAAAUAAACCUGAAUGACAUAUCCAAAUUAGGAAGAGCUCAAAAGAAGAGAAUUAAUAAAAUUAAUAAAAUGAAAGGAAUAAUUUAUCCGUUAUAUAAAUAAGAAAAGGAAGAUAUAUAAUUUCUGAACAAGCGAGUUUACAAAAUGUGAUGGAAUUCAAAUAAUUAAAGUGGCCAAACUGAAGGCUAUUGCAAAUUAGGCAGUGAAUUGAGAUGUCUGUGUUU